AUGGACGGUCCAACGCAACGACCAGGCAGCACACGGGCUUCUCGCUUGCCAGUCCCUCGUUCAUCUGGCAUUCCCCGUCCGACCUUAUCGACUGCCCUUCCGAAUGCUCCGACUGCCUCUCCAGCCCGGCUUCCCAUGGCGCCGCCGCCGGGUCCGGCCGGCACCCAUGAGCUUCACAAUCCCAAGGUGCGCAAGUCGCUUGGGGGCACCACUUUGAGACCAGCGAGCUCUCGGGAGCAGCUCCGUCCGGCCAGCGUCAGUCGCCCGAUAGCGCAGCGACCUCCUGGCAACAGAGUCGCUUCAACUUCUCAGAGACGUACGAGCCUCUUCGUCGACCGAAUUCCCAGCAGGGCUUCUACGGUGGCCGACCGCGAUUGUUACGAGCUUGCAGGCAGUCGACGGGCCAGCCUUGCCGGCCUACUUCCGGAUGAUGACGCCUCCCCGAUUGAAGAUUAUAUACCCGAUAUCCCUACAGAAAUCCCCAAACACCUCCAAACACCUAAUACCCAAUCCAGGAAGCCUCGGCCGUCGUUGUCUGAACGCACAAUGGAGACCCUUGCUUCUUCACCAGCGGUCAACCGAAAGACUUCGUCAUUCUUCGACCAUGCCCGACCUCGCUCACGAUCAGGCAGUAUCGGCUCUAGACCUGGCUCUAGCUAUAACUCUGAUGGUUCCGGGCGCCCACACUCGAGGUCGUCGAGCCGCCCAGGUUCCAGAGCUGACAAUGACGGAUACGGUGCAGCAUAUAGAUCUGCUCUGUCCACCAUUGACGGCACUCCUGAGAGAGCAAGAGACAGGCUGCUAACUAAGACACCAAACUCGCGUAUUGGUAAAAAACCUUCGCUGACAUCGGCCUCCAAAGCCUGGCCUGCGAGGAGCCCAAGCCCCGACAAGCAACCCACGCACACGCCACUCAAGUCGCGACCUGCGCCUGCAAAAUCCCUCAAGUCCAAGCCAUCUUCUAAUGGCCUAUUCAAAAAGCCAGCUUUACCGGCAGCCAGUCGAAAUGCACCUCCUUCCGAAGCAGAAGACCAGAAUUGGGAUGGUUCCAUCGCGCCCCCGUCGCUCGCCAAAACCCGCGUUGCUGCUGCCUCUGAAGAUCGUCCAGGUCUUGCACAUAGGAAAUCGUCUGCUGCGCUCCGGGAUCAAAUAUCAAAAGCAAAGGCCGCUAGGAAAGCCUCUGCAAAGCUAGAAUCGUCUUCGAAGCCGGAAAAAGCUUCAAAGAUAGAAUCGCCCUCCAAGUCACAUUUUGCACCCAUCUCUUUGGGUGGCGGCAGGAACUCGGCCAUGGAAGACAACCCUGAUCCCUUUGGGCAGACCAAGGCCGAACCUGCCGGCGUCAAGGUGCUCCAACAGCGCAUCUCUACCGGCCGAACCAGCGGCCGUCUGAACAUUGCCGCUUUGGGUCUCAAAGAGAUGCCCGUCGAGGUCCUCAACAUGUACAACCUGGAUUCCAUGUCCGGCGGUGGCAGUUGGGCAGAGAGUGUUGAUUUGACUCGUCUCGUUGCUGCUGAUAAUCAAUUCGAGAGCCUGGACGAUAUUCUGUUUCCUGACACGAUACCCGAUGAGUUCGACGUGGACAAUGAUGAUGAUGCCCCGCCAAAUAUAUUUGGAGGUUUGGAAACCAUGGACUUCCACGGUAAUAAACUUGCAGCGGUGCCUAUUGGAUUUCGACGCCUUAGUCAACUGACAUCUCUCAAUCUGUCCAAAAACAAUCUUGACAACAACUGUCUUCAAAUUCUGUCACAGAUGACGGCUCUCAGAGACUUGAAGCUCGCGAGCAAUAACCUUUCCGGUCCGUUGAAUGCCGCCAUUUCUCUACUUGAUGGACUAGAACUGCUGGAUUUGCACGACAACAAGCUAUCGAGUCUUCCGGAAGACAUGCACAAAAUGAGCCGUCUUCGGAUCUUGGAACUGGGCGAAAACAGCUUCGAGUCCAUUUCGUUUGCCGAUCUCGCCGACCUGCCUCUAAGCCAACUCGUUCUCCGUAAGAACAAGCUGACUGGCACUCUAAUUGAGGACCCCAUCGAGUCAAUGCGAACACUACAGACGCUAGAUGUAUCAUGCAAUCAAAUCAAAUACCUGAUGCCAUCUACUACACACAUCAGCUUUCCUGCUUUACAUACGCUGUCGGCGUCAAUGAACAGGCUGCAAGAGCUGCCAGACAUGUCGUCCUGGUCAAGCUUGCUCACUUUGACUCUCGAUGAGAAUGGUAUUGAAGCCAUUCCGGAAAGCUUCAUGAGCCUCACGAAGCUGAAACAGGUCGACUUUUCCGGCAACGAUAUCCGCGUGGUGCCGCCGGAGCUUUCGCGAAUGGAUAGCCUGUCCAUGAUUCGACUUAGCGGUAAUCCACUUCGUGACAAGAAGUUUGUCACUGCCACGACUGAUGAGCUGAAAGAAAUUCUUGCUGGAAGAUUGGAGCCACCACCUCCUUAUCAGGAACAGGGCGAGAAUAUAGUCGGAAUCAUGGGAAAGCGGGUAGGAGCUGGCAAAUUUCAGACCGCCGAGCAUUUUGCUGACGAUGAGGUGAAGUCUGACGCCGAAGACCAUUUUACGACGCCGCCAACAUCGCGUCCCCACUCGCCAUCACGAUCUCGCUCUCAAACCAUGGACAGCGUUCAGACGCAAAUCCAUAUGCCUGUGCUUGAGGAUUGGCAAGUCAAAGCUGGCGGAGUUCUCGACCGGUCUCGCACGGGCAGCUCCGUGCUAGAUGCCGUCAAGUGCGCCGGUGCUAAUGACAGGCAACCGGUGAGACAGCUACUUCUUCACCACAAUCUCUUUUCUUCCUUUCCCGACAACCUGGUCAUUGUUGCGAGAAGCCUCACAUCGCUCUCACUAGCAAAUAACCAGCUUGCUGGAGCCACUUAUUUGCAGCAACCUCUUGAGCUACUUGCUUUGAAGGAGCUCAACUUGGCUGCAAACAGGAUUACGUCUCUAGAACCUUUGCUGGAGUACCUUGAUGCGCCCUCUCUUGAGACCCUCGAUAUUUCGACCAACCGCCUGACGAGUCUGCCUCGGGGCCUUUUAGACAAGUUCCCACGUCUACGCAUAUUGCUUGCCAGCAACAAUCAAAUCGCAGACCUUUUACCAGACUCGAUCAAAGGCUUGAAAAUUGUGGAAGUUGCCAACAAUGAAAUUGGCCAACUAGACCCCAGGAUAGGUCUUCUUGGAGGCGUUGGCGGUCUUGAGCGUCUUGAUGUCUCUGCCAACAGAUUCAAAGUACCUAGGUGGAAUAUUCUGGAGCAAGGAACACAUGCAACGCUGCACUGGCUACGUGGCCGUGUUCCUGAAGAAGAAAUGGAACGCUGGCAAGAGCAAAAUGGUGAUGACGACUAG